AUGCAGCCUCCAAUGUGCUCAGAAGAAUGGCUGUCAUCUCUGCACCCAGAGCUCUUCUAUGGCCUCCGGAAGCUACAGACCUUGCAUUUACGGUCCAACUCCCUGCGGACUAUCCCAGUACGCCUGUUCUGGGACUGUCGUAGUCUGGAGUUUCUGGAUUUGAGCACAAACCGUUUGCGAAGUUUGGCUCGCAAUGGAUUUGCAGGAUUAAUCAAACUGAGAGAGCUUCACCUAGAGCACAACCAGCUGACGAAGAUUAAUUUUGCUCAUUUCCUACGGCUAAGCAGUCUGCACACGCUCUUCUUACAAUGGAACAAAAUUAGCAACUUGACAUGUGGGAUGGAGUGGACCUGGGGCACUUUAGAAAAGCUAGACCUGACUGGAAAUGAAAUAAAAGCCAUCGACCUGACAGUGUUUGAAACGAUGCCUAAUCUUAAAAUACUCCUCAUGGAUAACAACAAGUUAAACAGCCUUGAUUCCAAGAUCUUAAACUCCCUGAGAUCCCUCACAACCGUUGGCCUCUCUGGCAAUCUGUGGGAAUGCAGCCCUCGAAUAUGUGCUUUGGCCUCCUGGCUGGGCAGUUUCCAAGGUCGGUGGGAGCAUUCCAUCCUAUGCCACAGCCCCGACCACACCCAAGGAGAGGAUAUACUAGAUGCAGUCCACGGAUUUCAGCUCUGCUGGAAUUUAUCAACCACUGUCGCCGCCAUGGCUACAACUUAUAAAGAUCCAACCACUGAAUAUACAAAAAGAAUAAGCUCAUCAAGUUACCAUGUGGGAGACAAAGAAAUCCCAACUACUGCGGGCAUAGCAGUUACUACUGAGGAACACUUUCCCGAACCAGACAAUGCCAUCUUCACUCAGCGGGUAAUUACAGGAACAAUGGCUUUAUUGUUUUCUUUCUUUUUUAUUAUUUUUAUAGUGUUCAUCUCCAGGAAGUGCUGCCCUCCCACUUUAAGAAGAAUUAGGCAGUGCUCAAUGAUUCAGAACCACAGGCAGCUCCGAUCCCAAACACGACUCCAUAUGUCAAACAUGUCAGACCAAGGACCAUAUAAUGAAUAUGAACCCACCCAUGAAGGACCCUUCAUCAUCAUUAAUGGUUAUGGACAGUGCAAGUGUCAGCAGCUGCCAUACAAAGAAUGUGAAGUAUAA